CUGAAUCUAAUCUAAUCUUAGUUCACUUUCACUCUCAAAUUGAUUUAAGAAAUCCAAAGGGAGAUGGCUUACUACAAUCAAAAUCCUCCUCCUAUGUCCGGGGUAAUUCCUCCUCCUCAAGGGUAUCCUCAACCGGGUUUUCAAGGACCACCUCCACCCCAACCUCAAGUUUUUGUUACUCAAGCCCCAGCACAGCCUGCACAAGGUGCAGCAGCUACUACAGGUGUAAUGGCUGGAUGCCUUGGCGCGUUGGGCUGCCUCUGCUGCCUCGAGAUGUGCUGCUGCCUGGAGGCGUGUGACGAAAUAUUAGAGUUUAUUUUGAUGUUAUUAUCUCAUUCUUAUGGGGUAGAACUUAUGUUACUUCAAAUAUUACAUAUAAAUUUCAAGACAGUUAUUAUUAAGUAGAACUGAUCGAUGUUAUUCCUAAAGCAAUUUAUAUAUUUUAAU